UAAGAGCCAAGGGGCUUUGGUUUCUGUUUCCUCUCCCAGUCCCGCCCUGCGCCCUGCGCCCUGCGCCCUGCGCAGAGGUCUGUCAGCGAGUGAGGAAGAGAGUGGUGAUUCCCGAGAGAGGAGAGAUGGCUUUCUUCAACACCCAAGCUCCCUACGUGAACCCGCCCAUCCCGUUUUCUGGAAUAAUCCAUGGAGGACUGCAAGAGGGACUUCAGAUCACCAUCCACGGGACCGUCCACGCCUCUGCAAAUAAGAUUACUGUGAACUUUCAGACUGGCCUCAAUGAAAACGACAUUGCCUUUCACUUCAAUCCCCGGUUUGAAGAUGGAGGGUAUGUGGUCUGUAACACAAAGCAGAAAGGAAACUGGGGGCCUGAGGAGAGGAAGAUGCAGAUGCCCUUCCAGAAGGGGAGGCCCUUUGAACUUACCUUCCUGGUGCAGAGGUCAGAGUUCAAGGUGAUGGUGAACAAGAACUUCUUUGUGCAGUACUCACACCGUGUACCCUACCACCUCGUGGACACCAUUGCUGUCUCGGGCUCCUUGCAGCUGUCCUUCAUCACCUUCCAGAGCUCCCCUGCAGUCCCUGUCCAGCCUGUCUUCUCCACAGUGCAAUUCUCUCAGCCCAUCCAGUUCCCACGGAACCCCAGGGGGCACAAACCAAAAAGCGUUCGGCCUGUCCACCAGGCACCUGUGGCUCAAACUGUCAUCCACACAGUUCACACCGCCCCUGGACCAAUGCUUCCUACUCCUGGAAUCCAGCCCGUGGUAUACCCCACUACAGUCUAUUCGCUCUGGGAUGGAUGUCGCUUUUCACCUGAAUCCCCGUUUCAAUGAGAAUGUUGUAGUACGAAACACCCAGAUCAACAACACCUGGGGGCCCGAGGAACGAAAUCUGGUUGGAAAAAUGCCCUUCAGUUGCGGCCAGAGCUUCUCAGUGUGGAUCCUGUGUGAAAGUCACUGCUUCAAGGUUUCCGUGGAUGGGCAACACCUGUGUGAUUACGUCCACCGUCUGAAGCACUUGCCAGGCAUCAACAAUCUAGAAGUGGCAGGUGAUGUCCAGCUGACCCACGUACAGGCAUAGGCAAGGCCCCUGGCCUAGAAAGGAGGGCUGGGGCACCCUAUCUGUGUCUUGUCACCUCUUGUUAGCCUCAGUCCUGGCUCCCCAAAUCCCACCAUCAUGAGUGCCUCAGGGACAGGAGUUCUGGAAGGGGAAACUCUCAGUUCACUCCCCUCCACAAAGUGGGCAUCCUGGGCUAUGUGACAUAUGGCUUUCAGCCCACAGUCCCAUUGUUCUCAAGCUAUACUUCGAGAAGUAACCUCCUUGGGUCUGCCCAGUACUUUUCUGGCCCAUUCCCUUUAUCCCUUCACCCCACAGCAGGAAGGCCACCCUGAUGUCAUCUCACUGACCUCCAACUGACCAGAAUGUCCCCAUCAGUUCUUCCCUAUUCUUUCCCAGUGCCCAUAAAAUAAAUAAUACUUGUUUGCACACACA